CAGCCUAUUCCUCUUCCCCGUCUCAACAACAACAACAACGGCCACCUGCCAUUAAAUCUUGCCAGCCUCCAAAUGUCGGAUCUUUAAAAACGAACAUGCGGCAGAUUGACUUUCAACCUGCUGGCCUGACUUUCGCUCACGACUGAGGCUUCCCUCUCCGCCAUGUCUCCUCGAAAGCGCCAGCGCACCAUACUGUCGGACCCGAGCUCGUCGAGUCCACCUGCGGCAAUUGCCCCUGCGACAGCAACAUCGGCUACGUCACAGGUCACGGCUGUUCCAGAACCCACGAACCGCCCUACGCGAGAGAUGCCUUUGAUGAGGGAUAGAAGCGGCAGCGAAACCAAGAACUCUCCACAGAACUCACAGAAACAGGUCCGCAAGGCACGGAGUUGGUACGGCUCUUGGCCACGCAUUCCAAAGUCCUCCGCCUCGACCCAGCUUGCACGAGAGACUAUAUUUGGAGGCACGCUUAAGCCUUCUAGCACGCCCGAUUUUCGACGAUUUGAUACGAAAAAGAGCAUAGACUCAGCGAGUUUCGACGGCCCGGCCGAAUCAUCCACUUCCUUACCCCAAAUACCAGAGAACGGGGGUGCUCUGACGCCAGAGGAGAGCACGGAAACCGCGAAGAACGACGGCGAUACCACAGCUGUGCAACGGACAGCCAAGGACACAUCGCAGGUGGCAGAGGAAGCGCCACCGAAAACUGACGACACGACCAAGCCGACCGAGGAGCAGCCAACCUCGCAUACGCCUGUCGCAACUUCAGGCUGGUUCGGGUGGUUGGCACGGGCGCCAGUGACGGAGACGCAAACAUUCACGCCGGCUGAAGAGCAACCAAAAGAGGUGGAACCUCGGAAAGAACCAGAAGCUCAGACCGAGGUCCAAACCUCACCAGUUGCCGAACCACCAUCAGCAGAAACGUCAACGCAACCUAAUCUAAACCCGCCAGCACCCACGAACUCGUGGUUUGGUUUCUGGUACUCGAGCGCUCCUGCGGCAGAAAACGCUCCAAACGAAGACCCUGUGAAGUCGACGGGCAGCACCGAAAGCGCGAGUGCCACAGAUCAACCUACAAAAGAACCCGAGGACGUGGUCAUGGACGACGCGCCACCGCCGCCGCCGAAGCCGGAACCUUCGAAGCAACCAUCGGCUGGGUCAACCUGGGCGUUUUGGUCCAGGGAUACUCGUCCGAAGGACGGCGAAGCGAUUCCAGCAACCCGACCCGAGUCUGGAGAGUUGGCGGUGAUAGGACAGGGGUCGGAGGCUCACCCUGAGCGCACCGGCCUAAACGUCGACCAGAACCAUUCUGAUAACAGUGCAAAUGAUGGGAAGAGCGCGAAAGAUGCAAAGGCUACCAAAAACACCAAGUCGAGCAUUGUAUCUGCGCCGUCGACGUUUGGGAGGAAGACGAAGCGGAACCGUCCCCAGUCAAUGGAUCUAGACUUGCCGUCUAGACCAGGGACUCCUACUCGGCCAGAGUCGGUUGCUUCGUCAAAAACCUCGAUUGCGGAGACUACGCCAAAGGAACCGCCCCUGAAACAAGGAACGCCAAAGCCCAGCACCAGUCAAGAAACACUCGGCAAGGGGCCGCCGCCAAACCUGCUGUUGCCCUCGUUCGGAAGCACAUACCGGAUGAAAGACAAUCCAUCCAUCGUCAAACAGAUUACAUCCUUGCUACUUAGAACACAACAGCCUCCCGCGAACCACGUGUAUAGAGUGAAAGAGACCCCCAAGAUCAAGAAGGCAAUUGCGAUUGGAGUCCACGGCCUUUUCCCUGCCAUGUACUUACGGCCCAUGGUUGGACAGCCCACUGGUACUUCGCUGCGGUUUGCAAACCUGGGCGCCGAAGCCGUCAGGCGAUGGACGGACGCUCAUGGUUCCCCUGAUUGCGAGAUAGAGAAGGUUGCGCUGGAGGGCGACGGAAGGAUUGCUGACAGAGUGGACAACCUGUGGAAGCUUCUUCUUAACUGGAUCGAGCACAUCCGCAACGCAGACCUGAUUCUGGUUGCAUGUCACUCGCAAGGCGUACCUGUGGGGAUCAUGUUGUUGGCGAAACUGAUUGACCUCGGCAUCAUCACCAACGCCAAAAUCGGCGUGUGCGCCAUGGCGGGCGUCUCAUUGGGGCCGUUCCCUGACUACAAGUCAAGUAUGGGCAUUCUCAUGGGCGCCGCCAACGAGCUAUGGGAAUUCUCGAAUCCGGACAGUGACAUCUCAAAGAGAUACGAGCACUCGCUGAAAGAAGUGCUUCAGUACGGCGCCAGGAUUACUUACAUCGGCAGCAUCGACGACCAGCUCGUGCCGAUGGAGUCAGCCAUCUACUCACCCGCAUCUCACCCUUAUAUAUACCGCGCGGUUUUUAUUGACGGACGCAUCCAUGCGCCAGACUUCAUCGCUCACCUCGUUGGGUUUGCCCUGAAACUUCGCAAUCUGGGCGUCUCCGAUCACGGGCUCUUGAGGGAACUUUCGACGCCGCUUGCCGGCAGCCUCUACUCGGGCGAGGGCCACUCGCGCCUCUACUACGACGAUCAGGUCUACGAUCUCGCUCUCGCCCAUGCCCUCGAGACCUCGGACAUUCGGCCCAACGUGCCCGCCAUCGUCACCCACCGCCGCGACGCCAACUCCUCCCUCGCGAACCCGAACCCGUACCACCUGCCGUGGGUCAUGCGCGGCCUUCUCGAGGAGGACUUUGUCCGCACCGAGCUGUCGUCCGAGACGGAGGAGCUGCUCCGGCAGUUUGACGACUGGAAGCCAGUCACCAAGGCGCUCAAGGACGUCAAGUACAGGCUCGAGGCCAUUCGAUCCAAGCUUUAGAAGAAGGAAAACAAGAACUUUAUUUAGACAACGUGUGGUUUGACAAGGAGAGGAAAUGUCUACCUUAGAAGACGGCGAUUGUAGCAGCAAUGCCAUGCCGACCAGGUCUGGUCAGGCCGCAUGCCUGUCGUUUACAACCCAUCUACGUAUACCUCACCCUCUAGUAUGGUGAUCUUUCAUAUGUUAGUUACGCCUCACCGAAGGGUCUUGUUAUUAGCGAGCGAUACCAUUAUAAUCAUAUUACAAUCUGCUUCGAAGGCCCGUUGCCUGGUUGUUGUAGCCCUUGUCUGCCUGGUGAUCCUCUCUCGGCCACAAAUUGGCGAGUAGCGAGUUGUGAGGGCGGAUAUGGGUUCGCUUAGAUGUUUUUUAUUUUCCCGAGAUGAAUAGUGUUUUCUACAGAUCCGACCCGCUACGAGAUGGAAGCCUCUCGCAGCCCCCUUUCGCAACAAGAAACACCUAUUGUCUUCAGCCAGCAUGUAUGUGUGCUAGCCGGCUCCUUGUUCCAUCUUUCUCUUGCUUUUUAUGACGAUGCCGGCCUUUUUUACUUAUACAACAACAACUACACGCAGCCCCCCUUCCCGAUUCUAUGGUACAAAAACAUGGCCCCCGUCUCUGGCCACUUCUCAUCCCCCCCCCCCUCUGACCUCACCGCACACUCAGAUCUAU